ACAUAAUUUAUAAAUUUUACAGAUAUUUCGUUUCCUUUAUAAAAAAAAGUAUGAUUGAUUUAGAUGGAAAGCUGCGGCAAUACUCACAAUGGUGCUUUGAUAACUGCAAAAGUACCAAAGUAUCAACACGGAUGUAUCCCCCAUCAAGUGUCGAAGUUGCGGCUAUGCGCCGCCUUGGAACAAUAGUGUGCAGAUUUUUUUUCUUAGACGCACGCACCAAAGCAAUUGAUGUACACCCGACAGAUACGGCUGGUGACGCUGUACAGAAGCUGGCUGAAAAACUCAACUUAACUACUACUGAUGGGUGGGCUAUCUAUCAGAAUCGGCCAGACGGUGAAGAACACAUUAAAAGUUAUGACUAUUUGUAUGAUAUAAUAUCAUCAUGGGAAAUGAAACAAGCUACAUAUGCAAGCACAAAAAAAACAACAAAUGGGUCUUCGUCAGGUGAAAAUCGAUUUGUUUUUAAGAAAAGGCUUUUUAAAUCAACUCAUGAACUAUCACAAGAUCCUGUCGAAGUUAGCAUGUUAUAUUCACAAGCAGUUUACAGCGUUGUAAAGGCGAAUCCAUAAGCCGAGCAGAAGAUGAACAUGUUCGAAUAAUUCAAUCAAUAAUGGACAAAUGUAUGAAAAAGGAAUCAUUAUUAAAUGAACUUUAUCUGCAAGUGAUAAAACAGACCACGGAUCAUCCAGAUGCAAAUUCAAGAGUAAAUUUA